UGUUUACAUCGGUCCAAAGGUCGAUUCAGUUUUCUUUUUGCGUAAAAGAAAAAAGGAACGUUGCGUUUUCUCCACGUCGAGACUGAGGAAAAUCCAUGUAUUGGUCUUCCAAUGGCUAUUCAGGUUAUUCCACCGUGCCGUAUUUACGAAACAAGACGGCCCAAGCUAGACUUCUAGAACAUUUACGCUUGGAAAAACCCACGUUGAAUGUUUUCGAUUGUCCCACUAGUCCUGUUGUGAGCGGUCGAAACAGGCUCAAGUUCCCUGACCCGAACAACGAUUGUUAUGUCGAGUUGGAGCUUCUAGGGCAAACAUCUCGAGUUUCUCUACCCGUUUGCUAUGAUUCGGAAAAGCGUGAAGAUUUCGAGUUGGACGAGGGGGCCAUGGGAGGCGUUCAUGGUUUGUGGUACAGCUUACAAGUUGUCUCAGUUGUAAGGUUUUCACUCGAUGGUGUUGAACUACCACAAGAUCAAACACAAGAUUCUUUCUUCUGUUGUUGUCCCUUAUCGGACCAACGGAAAAUAUGUCUUGAACUUUCAAAGGAUGUGUAUGGAUUCUGGUUUCGUUUCUUUGGCGAGAAGAUGCGAUUUCGAAUCAAAGUCGGUCUGAAACUGGAAGGUACUGAGUUGUUGUCGAGAGACUUGUGGAAAGAUGAUCCAUAUUUUGCCGAGGUAUGCCAGGGAGGCUAUGUAUCGAGCGUAGAGUUCGACAUCUACACGCGAUCACGCGAAAUUGAACAGGACACGAAUCCGAAAAGACUGAAACUAAAGGCUGGAAUCCUAAGCAAAAAUCAAUCACAACCGUAUUUGUAUUCUAAUGACAACUAUUGUAAAUUCAUUAGAGCUGUCAAUGAAAUGAAGAAGGAAGCACGCUAUAGCGAGUUAGACACGUUAUUGUCUCAUGCUAUCGGUCGUUAUCAUGCCGAUACAGACCUCAAGGUAGUUGUGCUUUUAGAACAAGGCUUACAAGCUUGCAGGAAACGUUACUGUGACUACGCCAAAGAGCUGUACAAAAAUGCUGCUGAUCUGUUGAGCAAGUGUAGAAACAAGUCUUUGCUGACAGGGAGAACAUAUGUUUACUUAUCCGAGGUACAUUUUAACGAGGGUUGUAUAGGGAAUGCAGGGGAAAGUCUGGAUAUUGCACGAAAGAAUCUUGAAGGUGUAGGACCGUGUGAAGAUUAUGGUGAUCUUUGCUUCUACGAGGGGUUAGUUCUAAUGGUGCAUGCUAAGAGGAAUCAAGUGUUCCUUAACAAUCUGAUUCCUGAAGCUAGAGAGAAGUUCCUUGAGGCAGUUAAAAUCUACAGGGAUAUUUCAAGUGUUGAUGGGAUGGAAGACAAGUUGUACCUUACGUACAUAAAGCUGGCCUCUUUAGAACUGCAGCCACUUCCUUCUAGCAAUAGCACAGAGCUUAGUGUGCUCCCUAACCAGCUGGCUAUGGCUCAGAAAUACCUUGACCUGGUCAAAGAACACAUUGAAGUGUUCUCCAGAAAAACAAUGCUGUAUUAUUACCAUUGUUGUGCUGAGCUAGCUUUAGAGACAAAGUCCAUGGAUACGGCACGAGAGUACCUCUCUAAGGCAGAGGAUAUUGCCAUCAGGGACCAUAUGGAGAAUGAAGUCCAUGUUGAUAUUGCCCUAGAGGAAAUUCGUAGGUGUUUAAAGCAAGAAUUUGCCUCUGUUGGCUCACCAGUAGUCGUGAUUAAGGAUGAAGACAAACCCCCGAUGGAAGAGAAAGAACUAUGUGAUUUAUUAGAUGGUUACUAUGGUGAUGAGAGUAAUUAGGAUUUUGCUAUUUGUGGCCACACCCCUCUUGGUGGCAGCUGUUUCCAUACCUAGAUAAUAGAUGCUCUGAUCAGGCGGUUUGCUAGUAAAUUUAAUACAUUAAUUUCUUCUUUAGAUUUCUGCAGCUGGGAGACUAGCUUUACCAACAAUUUAGUAAAAUAAGGGUGGGUGGUAAGGUUUGGAAACAGCUAAUCAAAGUUUUGGGAUUGGUAUAGGUUACCAACAUUACAUGUACCCUGAGUACCCGAGCCUCCAAACUUCUUUUGCCCAGUGACCCUCGGCCGAAAUGUCGCAACGAGCGAAGUGAGGAGGCUUUGGGCGGGCAAGUAGCUUUUUCCAGUUCCAGUCUGGAAUUACAUGCCUAAACCGCUUUUGCGGGUAUGAUGUUGGUCUCGCAUCACGAGAGCUGUAAGCUUUCAAAGUUUUGUUGUUAUUUUAAUACUUGAAUGAUUAAAAGUAUGGCCGAAUGGUCCAUGGAGAAAUUUUUCUGCACUUAUUUCUGUCAUAUCUGCAACUGCACUUUUUUAGGCAAGUUUAAUUUGUUUACUGGCUCUAAAGACAAAGAAGGAGCGAUUCAUAGAACGUCUGUUUAUUAUUCUUUACCAGCAAAUGUUACGAUAAGAAACCACCUGCGUAAGGCAGCUUGGAAAGCUAGAGAAUGUAAAGGAAUAAUUGAUAGAAACUGCAAAAGUUUAAAUCAACAACAAGUUCAAACGUGAGCAAUCGAGAGUGUUAGGUUGUAAGCCUAAAAAGUCACCGUUCGCGCCCUGAUGCGGGCGGGCUUAGCUCAAUCUUCAACUUCGCCUUCUCAAUCUUCAACUUCGCCUUCUCAAUCUUCAACUUCGCCUUCAGUACAAACAGCAAGAUCCCUGCAGCUCCCAGCCCGAAAACAAUUAGGAGAAUCAAGGACUGUUGUCGAAACUAGCGUUGAAAUCCAUGUGUACUUUGUGAAAGCAAACCAACUACACGGGAUUGAACAGCUGAACUUUCAACGUUUGCAAAACAACAACAACUGUUUUUUCUCAAGCUAAUCCCAAAUAUUGGUAUAUUGACCAAAUAUGGUUUUGUGUUUCUAUGACAAUCUCGUUGACCAAUCAGCUGCAAUACAAAAUCUGUAUUUCUGGAACUGAAAAAAAGCUAUUCACCUGCCCAACACCCAGAGCCUCCUCGCUUCGCUCGUCACAACAUUUUGGCUGAGCGUCACUGGAUGAGAGAAGUCUGGAGGCUCUGGUACCCAGGGUAGAUAUUACAUUGAUUUCAAAUGGGAACAUGACUUGCUACAUGGUUUUUAAGACACUAACAAUAUACUAGUGUGCAGUUGAUUCGGUUGUUUUGGCGUUACUUUGUGUUUUGUGUGACUUGGAGAUGCCAAAGUCCCAAGAAAAAUAUAAAAUUAAAUAAAUUAGCACAAGUUUAAAAUAUUAUGAGAAUUUUAAUAUAUGAAAAGCAUGGUGAACCGCAUAAAAUGUGGUUCAGUGUAGAUUUCAUCUUCAAGAAGAUAAUGUUAAAAUAGUGUUUAAUGCUAAAAUAUUUAGGGAGAAAUGUAUAUAAUUGGAGGCCACUUGAAGGGGCUCUUCUGGCCAAUGGAACCCAAGUUAUUACUGCCUGUUAUAUCAUAAGGUAGUAUUGCACAUGAAGUUGUUAUUUAUAUCUAAUUUACUGAGGCACUUCAUUCUAUCUUGGUCCAAUAAAUAAUUUUACACAGUGA